AUGCCUCCCAAACGAACGGCCUAUGAGGCCAUUGAUCUUACAGGGGAUGACGACAACGCGCCCUCGUACUCGUCGCAAUCCUUCGGUCGUUCGUCGCAGUACCCGUCAUCAUCGCAAGGAUACGCACACUCUCAUGCCCAUUCUUCAAGUCCGCGCCGCGCACGCAAACAAGCGCGUACAUCAUUCAACCAAGCGCAACGCACUACAUCUGGGUCGUCGCAAGCUGAAGCCAUCUUUAUAGACGAAGACGAAGACGAAGACGACGCCUCCCAGGAAGUCCCGGAUGCUACACAAGCCUACAAUCAGCAACAAUACGAAUUCGUACUAUACGGAGCAAUGCAUGGGAAGAUUGUGGGUGUGCGAUACUACAAUGGAUAUGCAACAAACGGUGAGACGGUGGUACUAAGGCGAGAACCCCAUAACGACUACGACAGCAAUGCGAUCAAAGUAAGCAAUGUGCAGGGCGAACAGAUUGGGCACCUUCCACGAGGUCUCGCGGCCAAGUUAGCCAGAUACAUGGACGAACGCAGUCUGCUCAUUGAGGCGCAACUUACAGGGGAGAAGGGCUUCUACGACUGCCCGGUCGAGCUUAAACUAUACGGAACCAAUGAUCCAGAUGUGCAGCAGGCUCUUAUGGCACGAAUGCGAAGUGACAAACUCCCUAUUGGACAUGCUUCAGAUCGAAAGCGUAAGGAGGCUGCGGCCGCGAAGGAACGCGAGCGAAUAGCUAAGCAAGCCGCCAAACAAGCCAAAAAGAAGGGUGCUACCGUUGUGGACAUUGGUGCCGACCAAGCCACACAAAACAGCAUGGCCGAAUAUGCUGCUGGUUCUUCGCAGGGUUCCGGCCUCGGGCCAGGGCCUAGCAUGGAGGAUAUCCUCGGUGAUAGUGUGCGCUUCAACCCUAGGAAUGUCGAAGAGAUGGUUGAGGAGUAUGGUAUCAAAGAAGAAGACCUAGUAAGUAAUGUGCUUAUGCAACCUCUGUGCCCACUCAUUAACUACCAACAGGCAAAAAUGCCACAAGCGCCCCAACCCGACACUCUUCUUACUGAGCUACACCCCUUCCAGUUGCAAGGUCUGCAGUGGAUGCUCGAUAAAGAAAGCCCCAAGCUCCCAGCCUCAGGCACCAAAGACGUAGUCCAGCUUUGGCGACGACACACUCAUAUACCAAAUGCGUUCACAAAUAUCGCAACAAGCUUCUCGAUCCAGAAUCCGGCACUAGCUUCCGGGGGUAUACUGGCCGACGAUAUGGGCUUGGGCAAGACUAUCCAGACCAUCUCCCUUAUCAUGGCAGACCGCGCACUUAAUCUUCGUGCAAAGGAUUCCUCAGGCGCCACGCUGAUCCUUGCCCCCGUAUCAGUAAUGAGCAACUGGAGUACGCAGAUGAAGAAGCAUGUCAAGCCUGAACACGCUCUUCGUGUCAUGUUCUGGCAUGGUCAGAGAAAGGAACCCAUCACACCCAAAUCAAUCGAGAACUACGAUGUCGUAAUUAGCACAUACGAAUCUGUCUCUUCUGAUUGGUACUCGCAAACGAAGCCUACUCUCCCACGGCGUUCCGGACCUUUCUCUAUCAAGUGGCGACGGGUCAUAUUGGACGAGGGUCAUGGCAUAAGGAACCCGAAAGCGAAGAAGACUAUCGCCAUUACAAAUCUGAUGGCGCAAUCUCGGUGGACACUUACCGGCACGCCGAUUAUCAACAAUCUCAAAGAUCUCUACUCUCAAGUUCGUUUCUUGCGUCUUUCGGGUGGCCUCGACUCUUUCGAAAUCUUCCACAGUGCCAUUAUGCGCCCUGUCAUGCAAGGCGAUGUCCAGGGCCACAAGGUACUCCAGCAGCUGAUGUCGAGUGUCUGUCUACGUCGCAAGAAGGAGAUGUCGUUCAUCGACCUACGGCUACCUGAGCUCUCUGAGUACGUACACAAGAUCAAGCUGCAUCCACACGAACAGGAGAAGUAUGAUGCCUUGGAGGCUCAGGCCAAGGGUACGCUGGACAUUUAUAAGCACAACAUCGGGAAGAAAAACGCCGGAGAUACUUAUCGCCAUCUCCUGGAAGUGUUGCUUCGAAUGCGACAAGUUUGCAACCACUGGCAACUGGUGGAUGAAGAGCGUCUCGACUCCAUCAUGAAGCAGCUUGAAGCAGAAGGCGUUGUCGAUUUGACAGAAGAGAACAAAGCGGCGCUCCAGAAGAUGCUUCGACUUUCCAUUGAAUCACAAGAAGACUGUCCGAUCUGUUUGGACGUUUACAAGGAGCCGGUCAUAACCAAAUGCGCCCACAUCUUCUGUACGCCCUGUGUAGAACGCGUUAUCGAAACCCAACACAAGUGCCCCAUGUGCCGUGCCGAGCUUGAGUCCCUUGCAACCACAACUGUCAAGCCUGCAAAGGAAAAAUCUGGCGCCGCUCCAGCGCCUUUGACACAAGACCAGAUUGCAGAUAAGGAAUCUCUAGAGAAGAACACUAGCACAAAAGUCGAGGCCCUCCUCGACAUACUUCGGGCAUCAGCCAACGACCCCACAAACAAGACAAUCAUCUUCAGCCAAUGGACUUCUUUUCUCGAUAUCCUAGAACCACACCUCACACUCUAUGGUCUAAAGUACGUCCGCAUAGAUGGCUCCAUGUCCGCAACACAACGUGACGUCGCCCUCGAAGCCCUAGACUCCGACCCAGCCACAACCAUCAUGCUCGCCUCGCUCGCCGUAUGCAGCGUCGGUCUUAAUCUCGUCGCCGCAAACCAAGUCAUCAUGGCAGAUUCAUGGUGGGCGCCUGCCAUCGAAGAUCAAGCUGUAGAUCGCGUGCAUCGGCUGGGGCAGAAGCGCGAGACGACAGUAUUCCGAUUAGUGGUUGAGGGAAGUGUGGAGGAGCGUGUAUUGGGUAUUCAAGAAGAGAAGAGAAAGUUGAUGGGUUUGGCAUUUGCAGAGAAGGAGGGUGGAAAGCAGAGGAAGAAGAGGGCUGGUGCUGGACUGGGUGAUCUGCAAAGGCUGCUGGGUACGCAACAGCCUGCUACUCAGACGCAGACACAGACAGAAGCUGGCUAG